UUUUUAUGAUCAUAUAACAUGUAUUUUUACAUGUUAUAUUUUAACUGAUCAGUUUUCCACCCGGUAGGGGCUAUCGGUGAGGGGCUACCGGCGGCGGGCCGCUGUCCUUCCGACCCGGGAAUCGGUGAGAACUCACACGAGAGCAGCUAGCUAAUAUGAAAGCUUUCGUCCAUUCUCGCUCUCACUUAUACACUGCCCUGCAAUUAAUUUCAUCAUUGCCCAAAUCUCCAUAUAUAAACCCUAAUAAUGUUCUGUUUACCACACUCGCCUCACCAUGCAUCUCUUCCUCUGAAACAGAAAUUCCCGAUUUAUCCACAGAGAAAGACUCCCCUGCAAUAUUGAGGCAAUGGGGCUGCUCCGAAGCUGAAAUUUCCCAGAUUCUCCAACGCCUACCGUCGUUGAGGAAUAUGAAGCCGACCAACCUCCAGUCAAAGCUCAGGGUUCUUUGCGACCUCGGCCUUACUUCCUCGGACCUCGUAAAGAUCGUUGACUGCCGCCCGCGGUUCCUGAACUAUAGGAUUGACCGGUUCCUCGAUGAACGUCUCCAGUACCUCCACUCCCUGUUCCAGUCUGAACAAGUGCUUCGUAAAGCCAUUGUGAGAAACCCUUCUUUGCUCAUAUACGACAUCCGUACUCAGAUUGAACCUGUUGUUGCAAUGUACGAGCAAAUGGGUGUUAUUAAAGAUGAUUUAAUACCUUUGUUGGUUUGCAGGCCUACUAUAAUCCGCAGAAGUAGUUUAGAUGAUGUGAAGUUGGGGAUUAUUAGGAAAACAGGUGUAGAAGCAGGUUCUAAGAUGUAUAAACACGUGGUUACAAUUUUUGCCAUUUCGAGGACUGAGACUAUUCUUGAGAAGGUAACAAAUUUUGAGAAGUUCGGAUUCACAGAGGAUGAAGUUUUUAGGCUUCUUGGACUGUCGCCUGUUCUGUUGACACUUUCCAUAGAUAAAGUUCAGCGGAAUAUGACUUUUGUGUUGGGUACCAUGAAGCUAAGUGCAGGUGUUGUGCUCCAGAACCCAUUUUUGGUAUUGGUUAAUCUGGACAGAGUGAUAAAAACAAGGUUUCAUUUAGGGGGGAAGAUAGACGAUAUGGGUCUUCAGCCUCAAAUAAAAGGCCCUUUGUUGUUGAAGGCAUUACGGAUGUCAGAGAAACGGUUCCUCAAGGUUUUUAUAGAAUGUCAUCCAAUGGAUGUUGCCGAGGAGCUAAUGGUGUUUUACAGAACCACAAAAUACAUUAGUAGGUUGGCUGAAACUUCAAAGAAGAAGACUACUCGUAAAGGGUUCCCAUUUUGAAAGUGUUUUUGUAGGUCUGCUUUGUAUCUCCUAUUAUGUGUUAACAAUGUUUUGAUUAUUUCCAAGAUCGCGGAUGAAUGCUUUUCUUGGCUUGGGGGUUUGAUUUUUGAGAGAUUUUCUGCAAUUUGGACUGCUGACUCCUUGAAUUGAGGAAUUCAUUGAUAAUGUUUGGCAGAUAUGGCCCUUGUAUUUGUUAUUAACUGAUCAUAAAAAUACAUGUAACUGUGCUGCUUUGUAAUCCAUUCGUGAAAGUGAUUGACCUGGAGUAUGAUGGAUCCACAGUUUUUCAUUUGGGAAAACAAUGAAAUGGAUAUAGGUUUUUGCCUAAAGUAGAGGGUGGCAUUGAGAUUUCAGAGAUCUAGGUUUCAAGGAUGUUGCAAAGAUGCUAAUAGCAUUGCACAAAUUUCGACCUUUCUUUUCAUUAACAAGUUCCAUUUUGAACCUUUUCCAUCUUUGUGAAGUGAUUCUUUUCCUGUGAUGAUUAUCUGAAUAGUUUAAACUGGUUUCAACAUCUUUUUCAUUUUGAAUGUACUACAGGAUUUGGUGCACACACUGCAUCUGAGCUAAAAUGGAAGGCAUUUGUGAUACACGUUUUACAUAUGAAAUGUAUAAAGAUGCACUCUUGCAUGAGCUAAAAUGGAAGGCAUUUAUUAUACUAGAGUUGUUAGAGUUGGAGCUGUUCAUUCAGCGACCAAGACAAAUCAUACUCCGUAUGUUAAAAGGAAUGUGCGUUGUGUUUUGUUGUUAUUGUUACUUGUUAAAGGAAAAAAUAUACUAUCGUAUAUGAAGGAGCACAGAGGCAUAUUCCAGGACCAACAUGAUUAGCUAGCUAUACAACAACCUAG